AUGACGAAAGUGAGCCGCUGCCUUGCUUUGGUAAUCGAAUCGAAAAGCUAUCAAACAAACAACAGAUACAAUUUUUUUUUUGGCAUCGAUAGUACGUACUUACAGGAGGAAGACAAGAACGACUGAUAGUUGCAGCUUCAGCUCUAUUACUCUGCUUCUUUGCAAAUUUUGUUUAUCUCCAACCUUGUUCACGACCCCUCAUAGCUUCUCAUCACCAUGGCGCGGGAAGAUGAAGUGCCAGAUCGUGAGGAGAUGGUACGGAACUUUGUUACCAUGAGUGGCGCCUCAGAAGAGCUGGCCAUUCAGUACCUUGAAUCCAACGGCUGGGACAUGCUGGCGGCCUGCAACUCCUACUUCCACGACGAGGAUGAGCGAAACGACGAACGACGCAGGAAACAGGCUGAAGAGGGCACGCUUGAGCAGUAUAGCGGCCCACGAACUUUGGAUGGCCGCCCUGCACCGCAAGAAGACUUCUCUAGUGCGGCAUCUCGGAAGUCGAAGCAACCGAAGAAGAAGGGAAUUGCCACAUUGGGAUCACUAGGAGGCUCAGCUGCUCACCACGAUGAUGAUGACGAGGACGACGACUACGAUGAUGAUGAUGAGGAAGAUGGACGGGGCAAUCUGUUUGCCGGCGGCGAAAAGUCUGGACUUGCGGUUCAAGAUCCCACAUCAGAAGGCGGCUCGAGGAAGAUUAUCAGUGACAUCUUGGCCAAGGCCAAAGCCAACUCACGGCAAUCUGAUGCCAACCCCGAAGCCGGCCCUUCUCGCCAGACUCAUUUCCGCGGCACCGGCGUAACACUUGGUGGAGAUGGCGUGGAGAGCCGAAGCAUCCCCGAUCCUCGUGGUGCUGAACAGAGGCCAACAGGCCCCCCAGUUGAACGAGUGCUCCACAUCUGGCACGAUGGAUUCAGUAUUGACGAUGGCGAGCUUCGUCGUUUUGACGACCCUCAGAACGAGGCGGAUCUCCAGCUGAUACGCUCUGGCCGGGCUCCUCUACAUCUGAUGAAUGUCCAACACGACCAAUCUGUCGAUGUGAAGCUCCACCAACACGACAGCCCCUACAAACAGCCACCAAAGCAAUACAAACCCUUUGCCAGCGCUGGCCAUCGCCUUGGUAGCCCAGUCCCUGGUGCCCUAGCCACGACAUCUGCAGCCGCCGCUCCCUCCGGAGCUUCAUCGUCAUCUGCUCCUCCGGCGCCAACCAUUGACGAUACACAACCAACAAUCAUGAUUAGAAUCCAGAUGCCUGACGGAUCUAGACUGCCUGCUCGUUUCAACACCACGCACACGGUGGGCGAUGUAUACGGCUUUGUUCAGGGCGCUUCAGUAGAGACCCGUGAUCGAGCCUGGGUCCUGGCUACGACUUUCCCCAAUAAGGAGCACACAGAUAAGGCUCUUGUUCUGGGUGAGAUGCCCGAGUUCAAGAAGGGCGGAACAGCCGUUGUUAAGUGGGCAUAGACGAGGUUAUGGAGACAUGGGUUAGGCAUUGAACUAAAGGGAACAACGGGAUGCAUUGCUUUUAAAUCAAGUUUGGCAAAACUCACACAUAGAUGAGUAGAGAUCGGUUUUAAAUAAAAAAAAAAAAAAAGGUCAACUUUAAGACAGAAAUCACAGUUGCGC